UCUUCUGCACGGAUUUGUUCCUUCACGUGACCGAUUUGUUUCUACGCUCGUUACUUCUUACUGUUAGAUCGAAGAAACCGGAAGCUGAUCACAUGAGUCGAGGAUCUAUUUCUAGUUGGCAGGAUUAUGGACGUAGAAGUUCUCAAAGUAUGCCACAAUUCAGCGGUGGUCCGGUGCAAUUUAUGAUUAGCGAUGACAUUGAAUGCAAAAGGGGUGAUGGUUGGUUUUUAUCUUAUACAAAAAUAGCAGGGAUUGUUGCAGUUUUUAUUAUCGGCGUUAUUGCCGCGGGAUUUCUCGGAUGGUACAUCGAUUCUUUGCCAAAGAAAAAACCUUAUGAGACUUUAGAUUUGCUGAAUGACGAGAUCGAGACUACUGACAUUGUUGGUGAAAGUUUUAUUUCACCUUUCAUUCAUCCCUUGAAAUAUCGCCUAGAAUUAACGCCGUUCAUCGAUAUUAAUGGUCCGUCAAUACUAAAGGGUCGUGUAGUGAUCGAUUUUCGUGUAAACGACACGACCGGUUUAAAUAAACUCUUUUUAAAUGCGAAAAAUAUUGUCGUGGCAAGUUAUAAAUUAUCGUUGCUGGAUUCAGGGGAGAAUAAAAGUCGGUUACGAAGAAAACGAAGAAGGAGAGCCGACGAUAAUAUUAAUUACAACAGCUAUCAGGACGAUGCAGUGCUUGUUUCUCGUGCCUUGUAUUCUGUUGAAAAUAACGUUGUAGUUACUUUGGCGGAAAAUGAAACAGUACAGUACGAGGGAGAUGAUGAACAACCAGCGGAAAACAUGUCUUCCCCCGGAGGAUCCACGAUUUCCUCGAUAAGUUACGGUUCCUCUUCUGAUCUUGAUGAAGUCAGAGGUCUAAAUGCGAAUAUUAAAGAAUCUGUGGUAAAACCAUCUGCUGCAUUUUCUGAGAAUGUUUCAUCAAGGAUACCCAUUACACAAUACAAUGUGGAUGACGACAGAGAAGUUCACACAAUUCAUUUGGGAACGUGGAUUCACCAAGGAGUUUAUUUGUUGGAAAUCGAAUAUCAAGCAUUGAUCGAUGAAAAUGCAUUUUUCAUUGCAAAUUACAGUGCGUCCGGUAAACAGAAAUGGCUAAUGGGGACGAAAUUAAAACAUUCCGGUGCUCGGUAUCUUUUCCCAGUUUUUGACGAUACGAAGCACAAGUCAAUUUUCUCGCUAUCCGUGACACAUCCGGAAGAAAUGAGAGUCCUCUCGAAUAUGCCCCUUAGGAGUUUAUGGGACGACUCAAACACAUCGGUAGUCGACACUUUCGACGUGUCUCCACCUCUUUCACCGCACAAUUUGGUCUUUCUCAUGGGACACAUCGAACUCGUAGACACGAUACUUAUAGAAGACACUGAAGUAGUAGCAGAACUCUGGUUCGAAUCGGACAGACGAUCACAAGAGAUUUACCUCUUCGACAAACUCAGUCGAGUUAUCAAUAACCUAAUUGACGUGUUCUCGAUACCCUACCCUUUGCCUAAGUUGCAUCUCGUAUGUUUGCCUCCAGGGAUCGACGAGAACAUGGGAAGUCCAGGAUUAAUUGCGGUGAAGCAGUCGUUAUUCUACGCCAGCAAUAAAUCGCCAUUAGUUACGAAGAAUAACGCCCUGAGGGUUUUAGUUGGCCUAAUGGUGCAGCAAUGGAUCGACGAGUUUACGAACGUGAAUCGAACGGAAGCGUGGAUGUUAGAGGGAUCGCUGAUUUACUUUCAGCACGAGAUCGUCGGAGAGAUAGAUUCGUCAUUAGACUCGAGCGGCUCUUUCAUCGUCGAUGUUCUUCUGCAAGCGAUGGAGAUCGACGAGUACAGUAUUUCAAGGCCCCUCCUUGAGAACGUUAAUUAUCGGCUGUUGCAGCCUUUUAAUGAGGAACACGCGAAAGGUGCAUGUCUGAUACGCAUGUUGCAUGGCGCGAUAAGCGAUACAGCCUUUAGGAACGGCUACAAGAAACUGAUAACCAGGUGGAAGUACAAUUCAACGGAUGUUGCUGAUUUUAUGAAUAUCUUGGAGGCAGAGGCAGCAGAACAUCUACUUGGAGUCUCAUUGGAAGAAAUGAUAAAUUCUUGGAUCUCGCAAGGUGGAUAUCCACUUGUUACCGUUAAGAGAAAUUAUGAAGAGGAGUCUGCCGUUAUUUAUCAGGAACCAUUUGCGCUCGAUAGGCCGUCGGAAAGUAUAUCUAAGUUUUGGCACAUUCCAUUGAACUACAUUAACGAAAACGGCAACUGGUCGUCUCCUACAAAAGUAUGGUUCCAAUCCGAGCCUAAGAUCAUUUUGGAAAAUAUUGCUUCCAACGAAUCUUGGGUACUCUUUAAUGUGAAUAAGACUGGUUAUUAUCGCGUGCAUUACGAUGAAAGGAACUGGAUGUUGUUGAAAACAGCACUUACAGAGAAUCACGAGCUGUUUCCGGCAGAAACAAGGGCGUCACUUAUAGAAGACGUCUUCAGCCUGGCCACGGUGGGCUUGGUGAAAUACGAGACCGUCUUUGACUUUAUUAAAUAUAUGCAAAUGAAGGAAAGACAUUAUCUGCCUUGGAGCACGUUCAUGCGACACAUGUUUAAAUUAAACAGUCUUUUAUACGAAACGUCGGUCUUCAACGAUUUUCAAGAAUUUGUUGUGAGAUUCGUGUCUCCGUUGUACAACGAAGUAAAGUCGAAAAUAGACGAAGGUUCGCAGUUAACGAUGCUCGCUAUAAAACUAGCAUGCAUGUUUGAGCAUACAGAGUGCUUAGACUGGACGAGAAACAUAUUUGAAAAUGCAAAGACUGACAAUGAAAUUCAAGAAAUCAUCCCUUCGUAUAUCCGCUCAACGUUUUACUGCACCGUUGCGCGUUAUGGCACGCGAAGGGAAUGGAGCUACUUCACAGAAAAAGUGGCGUUAACCGAAGAUGAGGAGGAGAGGAAACGUUUGUUAUCGUCAUUUGCUUGUUUUCAAGCUCCCUGGGUUUUGCAAUUCAUCCUCAACGAAAUCCUUCACGAAGAUCGAUUCCGGGAGGAUGAAAUAUUAGUAAUUUUAAAUGCAUUCCCUCGAAAUCCAGCUGCUACUCAAGUUGCAUCUCGAUUCGUUCGAGCAAAUUGGCAGGAAAUUGUGCAGAGGUAUUCCGGGUCUUAUACGGUGCUGAAAACUUUCAUACUCUCCAUGAUUAACGGUUUAACCACCGAUCAGGAUUUGGAAGAUCUUCAAAUAUUCAGAGAAAACAAUUACGACAGCAUGAAAGGAACAAGAUAUGCCGCAGCGCUUGUCGAAGCGAACGGAAUUUUCAUGGCGUCGUGGUUAAAGAAUUCUUUACCUCAAAUUGAAAAUAUAUUGAAAGAUGAAGUUGUGGAAAAUGCUUCGUUUUCAUGA